AUAAUAAUUCAACCACGGACAAUUCAGAUUUCGAAGACAACGGCGAAUCUAUCCAAGAAAUCAAACCAAAAAACGUAUAUCAGAUAACUGGUAAAUUCGCACCUAUAAAGGACAACAUUAUUGACGUUGUCAUUACCAGCAGUAAACGAUUAAACAUUAACGCUGACGGUAUUUCAAUUGGACAACCGCUUGUCCAUUUACUCGGCAAAGUAAUACAUCAAACCACUAUCUCUGAAACUGGAUAUGCUCUUACCCUCCAG